AUGCUUGCAGUCAACCGCAUCCUUUUCCUUCAGGACGAAAUCCCGGACCCAUUGCGUCCUAUGACCGACGCCGAGGUGCACGAUGCCAUUGCAAGAUAUCUUCACCGUGAAGACGAGACUCUGGCCACAAUCAAAGGCGAACGCCGCUCAGGGCGCCCCAAGAGCACAAGACAGAAUUUGAUCGAACAGCAACAAGAUCACGAGCAGAAAGAACACGAGUCUGGCUUAUGGAUACCCGACAUGCAGAACGAGUCUAACCUCACAAAAUUGAGUAACUGGAAGGGCGAGUGGAUGGCCCUGAGCUGUCUCAGCUUUGUGAGAGUCGACAAGACUGGCAGCAUCAGAGAGAGCGCCUUUCCACCAAAGGGUGCCUCAUGA